AUGUUAUUAACUAAUACGAUUAGUAAAAGCCGGACUGAAGCACUAAAGCCUUUAGUAUCAAGUAAAAACAAGCGAACAGCUUUGAAGCACCGAAAGCGAUGUUAUGGAGAUGUGACUGACAGUGCUGGAGGUGUUAUCGUUUCAUCCGAAGCAGCUCGAAGCACAGUAAUGCAAGGAAUCAAAGUUACCAUCAUGUGCGAGCAUUGA